AUGGCAGUGACAAAGCACUCUGCACAUGCGUCACGCCCCCUACUCUCCCUCCACUUUCUCUUCCCUCCUUUGCACCAACAUCCACCCCCUCUCAUCCCCCCCCACUUCCAUGCUGCACCACAAGUGUGCAUUACAGGUGGACGAGUGGAUGGAAUUGAGAGGAGAAGAACAGGCCUUUGUCAAUGUGAGGUGGGCCUGAUACCCACUGGCAUUGUCCCCCCACCCCUUCCUCCCUGCCCCCCUGCAGCACCACGAGCGAGCAUUGUAGGUGGACGAGUGGACGGGGGUGAGAGGAGCAUGGGCUUUGUCAAAAAGACCUUUACCCUCUGGCAUCCUCCUUUUCUUUUGCGUCUCCCCCUCCCUCCUCCCCCCGCGCCCCUGCAGCGCCACAAGCGUGCAUUGGAGGUGGACGUGUGGAUGGCAGUGAGGGGCGCAGAGGCGGGCAGCAUGUGGGCGCUGGGCGACCGUGCUGCCAUUGAGCACUGCCCCUUCACUGACAACACAGCGCGCAUCUUCCGUGCCUUUGACACCAACGGGGACGGCUGCCUCUCGCCCUCCGAGACCAAAGUGGCCUUGCAAGCCCUCCAGCAGCGCUACCCGCAUGCUGCCGCUCUGCUCAAGUCACGGGACCGCAUGGCACAGCUCAUUCAGGUACCCCCCCUUGUGGAUUGUAGACGGCAAGGGUAUGGGAGGAGGUGA